GAAACAGCAGAGCAGAGACUAACACAGGCGAACCGAGCCAAACCGAGCCCAGUACGGCCGAACCUGAGUGAACCGAACAAAGCCAAACGGAAGAAAAGCGAACUCAGACUAGCAUAAACGAACAGAACCGAACCUCUUCAUCCUCAGUUUUAACACCUGACUCAAAUAAAAAACAUAAACACAUGAUGGCUGCGUCCAAAGGUGCAGCGAUUGGCAUCGACCUGGGCACCACCUACUCCUGUGUGGGCGUGUUCCAGCACGGGAAGGUGGAAAUCAUUGCCAACGACCAGGGCAACAGGACCACCCCCAGCUAUGUGGCGUUCACCGACACCGAGAGGCUCAUCGGAGAUGCCGCCAAGAACCAGGUGGCUCUGAACCCCAGCAACACCGUGUUCGAUGCCAAGCGGCUGAUCGGGCGAAGGUUUGACGAGCCGGUGGUGCAGGCGGACAUGAAGCACUGGCCCUUCAGGGUGGUGGGAGACGGAGGGAAGCCCAAAAUCCAAGUGGAGUACAAAGGGGAGGACAAAACCUUCUACCCUGAGGAGAUCUCCUCCAUGGUCCUGGUGAAGAUGAAGGAGACCGCUGAGGCUUUUCUGGGCCAAACGGUGUCCAACGCUGUCAUCACAGUCCCCGCCUACUUUAAUGACUCUCAGCGACAGGCCACCAAAGACGCCGGCGUCAUCGCCGGACUGAACGUCCUGAGGAUCAUCAACGAGCCGACGGCGGCCGCCAUCGCCUACGGUCUGGACAAAGGCAAGUCAGGAGAACGUAACGUCCUGAUCUUUGACCUGGGAGGAGGAACCUUCGACGUGUCCAUCCUGACUAUCGAAGACGGCAUCUUUGAGGUCAAAUCCACGGCUGGAGACACUCACCUGGGCGGAGAAGACUUUGACAACCGUCUGGUCAACCACUUUGUGGAGGAGUUCAAGAGGAAACACAAGAAGGACAUCAGCCAGAACAAGAGAGCCCUGAGGAGGCUGCGCACAGCGUGUGAGAGGGCCAAGAGGACGCUGUCCUCCAGCUCCCAGGCCAGCAUCGAGAUCGACUCCCUGUUUGAGGGCGUCGACUUCUACACCUCCAUCACCAGGGCUCGCUUCGAAGAGCUGUGCGCCGACCUGUUCAGGGGAACGCUGGAGCCGGUAGAGAAAGCCCUGAGGGAUGCCAAAAUGGACAAGUCACAGAUCCACGACAUCGUCCUGGUGGGAGGCUCCACCCGAAUCCCCAAAAUCCAGAAACUCCUGCAGGAGUUCUUCAACGGUAGGGAGCUAAACAAGAGCAUCAACCCAGAUGAGGCGGUGGCUUACGGCGCUGCCGUCCAGGCCGCCAUUCUGUCAGGUGACACAUCGGGUAAAGUCAAGGACCUGCUGCUGCUGGAUGUGGCGCCUCUGUCCCUGGGUAUCGAGACGGCCGGAGGAGUCAUGACGUCCCUGAUUAAACGCAACACUACCAUCCCCACCAAACAAACCCAGACCUUCAGCACAUAUUCAGACAACCAGCCUGGGGUCCUCAUCCAGGUCUACGAAGGGGAACGAGCCAUGACCAAGGACAACAACCUGCUGGGCAAGUUCGAGCUGACGGGAAUCCCACCUGCACCGCGAGGCGUCCCGCAGAUCGAGGUCACCUUCGACAUCGACGCCAACGGCAUUUUGAAUGUGUCGGCCGUGGACAAAAGCACCGGCAAAGAGAACAAGAUCACCAUCAGCAACGAUAAGGGUCGACUGAGCAAAGAGGAGAUCGACAGGAUGGUGCAGGACGCCGAGAAGUACAAAGCCGAGGACGACGAUCAGAGGGACAGAAUCGCCGCCAAGAACUCGCUGGAGUCGUACGCCUUCAACAUGAAGAGCAGCCUGCAGGAUGAGAACCUGAAGGACAGAAUCAGCCAGGAGGACAGGAAGAAGCUGACGGAGAAGUGUGACGAGACCAUCGCCUGGUUGGAGAACAACCAACUGGCUGAUAAAGACGAGUACCGACACAAACAGAAAGAGCUGGAGGGGGCGUGUCAGCCCAUCAUCAGUCAGCUGUAUGGGGGCGGAGCUUCUGCGCGCAGCUGUGGACAGGAGGCCCGAGGAGGAUUCCAGGAACCCACCAUCGAGGAGGUGGACUGAAGAGGACAUUGAAGGACUCACUGGACUCUUUUCAUACCUGUUGACUUCACUGUGAUGUGAUUGAUAGAGUGAAAUUACCGUGAAAGUAAAUUAUUCACUUAAAUGUUUGCGAUGCUGGACUUUGCAAAUAAGAUUAUGUUUAAAUGUGUAAUAAAUAAAUUUGUAUAAAAUGAGAAACUGA